GAUCAAAUCAAACGAGCACGUCUAGCUUCCUCUGCUAAUCUUAUCAUGAUUAUUUCCAACUUCUUAAUGUACCAAGUCCAUGGCUCGACUAUGGCAGAGGAGGCUAGGCUAGAGCCCUCACCUUAUGACACCUGCAACGGGACUCAUUACAUAUGCCCAUCAAGCAGAAGGCCGAUUGCCAGGGCAUUCCUCUGCGAUGGAGACGUUGACUGUAUGGAGGAUCAGGCGGAUGAAACGAAUUGCGGUGGACCCCAUGUUGUGGAGCCAAGUCGAGUGGAACAUCGUCUCGGACUGGAAGGUGGGCAGCUGACGCUACGCUGUGUAGUCCAGGGCUACCCGCCGGCGACUAUCAACUGGCGUUACAAUUGGGGCUAUCUACCUGAUGGUCUGGCCUAUCGCACCAACACGACUAUGAUCAACUGCAACCUGGUCAUUAGCGAACUUACACUCACCAAACUGGACGGUAGCGCCAGCGGCAUGUAUACGUGCGAAGCGGUUGGCAAGCAACGUGUUCUGGCGCCAGAUUUCACUGUGAAUGUCGCAACCUGA